AUGGUUAUAUUGACGGGGAAGAACUUAGGUGAGAGACACAAGCAUUUGAACGCAAAAGUUAAAGAAGCCAGAGAAAAGCUUGUUGACUUUGAUGAGUUAAAACAAAAACCCGAACAAUCAGAUGUAGACAAGCUGUUCAAAAUUGCCCUUGCUUCAAAGUAUAUGAAUAUCGACUACAUAGUUGAAGUCCUUAAAUGUGGAGAUCCUUUGUACAUUUCGAAAGCCCUUAAAUGUGAUUGGAUGUAUGACGAUAAGUAUGCCCAUAUCAUCAAUCCAGAGUAUCUUCAAAAUAAUAUCAUUCCGUUCAUGUCAACAAAAAUGAAGAAAAAGAUGCUAACAGGUAUUUCGAUCCACGUCAGGAAUGAAUCAAGAGCCGCUGAGUUUUAUAAUUAUUGCAUGGACAUAGGAUGCACAAAUAUUGCAAUAAAAUUUUUAUAUUUUACAAGUGAUAACUUCAAACUCGAAGUUUUAAAAGAUCCGUCGAAACGUGUAUAUCUACCCCCAAAUGACGAAGAUGGCGCUGACUUAAAACACUUAAUUGGCUCUUCAUUUACUCUGGCAGAGGUGUUUCUCGAAUUUGACUUCAUCAAUACAAAUCGAGUGCUUUCUGAUCUGAGAUAUUUAUACACGUUUUCUGAAGAUAAAUAUUUAAAUCUUUUGGAAAAAUAUACUGCGAUGAAGAGUUGGCAGAUAGAACGAUUUUUAGGUUUACGUAUUUCCAAAAGUAUUAUGACAAAACAUAAGGAUAGGGUUUUAAAAAAAUCUAAACUCUAUGUAAGUAUACUGAACAAAAAUGCCAUAAUUAAAUACAGUACUGCAGAAGACGCAAAAAUGUAUGCUAUUGCCUUUUUCCCGAAUGAUAUUAAUGAAUUUUGGUGGAAUAAAAACUAUCUAAGUGAUCAAAAAUACUAUCUUGAUAAAAUUACCACAGGAAAGUUUCAAUUUAUAAAGGAAAUAUUUACAUCCAAGUUUCCAGAAGAGGAAUUUGAAAUGCAAUUAAGAUUUUAUGAACGGAACUGCUAUGAAAUUAUGACUGCAGAAGAAAAGGAAACAUGGGCUUUACAACAAAUAGCCAGUGGAAAAGAGAUUCUUGGCAAAGAUCAAGACUAUAAAUGGUAUAAGUUUAUCAAUUUCGAGAAAGCGUUUAAAGAAAUGAAAAAAUUAGUAUUGAUCACUCCGGAUAGGACUAAACGAGCAGACAUGAUGCUAAUUCUAGUUGAAAGUGCAAAAAAUCAACGUGAACUCGAGACACUUUUAAAACACUUUUACGAGAGACACGUUAACGAACAAAAAUAUGUCAAAGAAAAUUUCCUUGACAAAGUAAUGAAUUAUUUUAAUGUCUACGACUUUGACACAGAUUGCUGGGAAGCUUUGAAUAUCAUGUUUCACAAUUUAGAAGUCUACAGUUCGACCGACUUCAUUAGCAAGAGUGAAUACAGAAUAAUUGCUCUAAUUUACCACAUAAUUCAUGAUAUUCAAAUCCCACAAGCUUUAAGGAACCAUAUUGCAUCCGGACUACACUUUUAUUUAUUAAAAAACAAUACUGAGAAGCUGACCACAGAGCAAACAGAGAAGGUAUUUCAGUAUCUUUUCAACUUGUAUAUGGACAAAAUUCGCGAAUUUGAAAAUGUACCUUAUGAUGACGAGGUGAAAGGCAGCCUUAGAAAAUAUAUUUUCAACAUUUUAGAUUUAUUGACAGAGUACGAAAAAACAAAAGAGCAUAUUCCUGAACUUGUUAAUCACUUUAUAAAGUUGGAUUGGUCAGAAUUCAAACACCACAGAUUAGUGCAAAGUGCAUCCGAACAUGCACCACCCCUUAAUUUGCUGCGUGACUUAAAAUCAGAUUCAAAACUUCUGAUUGAACAUCUUCCACUCGUGAAAAAGAAAAUUAAUGAGUCCUUCACGUUCAACAUCAGUACGGUGCUUAAAAAGUUAAGGAUCUAUUUUUCGCAAGAUGUUGCAAAAGAAUGUUUGAUAUUUUUUAAUUCUUGGUUAGAUGAAGAAAAAUUAUGGCAUAAAGAAGCGCAAGCAAUAGUACAUGCCUUAUUUCAACUAGGAGGCGAAAACUUUAAAGUAGAUUUAAUGAAAAAAUUUGCUCCAAAGGAAGCUACUAUUGAUCAUAGCAAAAUCGACGAAAAGUUAUUACGCAUUCAAAUGGCUAUAUGUUCGCACGUUUUGUACUCGCGACCUCCGGUUCCUCUCGAAUGUAUACUCAUGUACUUAAAAGGAGAUUACGUACCAUUUGGUUUGCCAAUGUUUAAUGCGCUCUUGUCUAACCUACCGCUACCCCUUUGUAUGAAUUUUGUUGAAAACUUACUGGAUAAACCCGUAUCCGUCCAGAAACAUGGAAUACGCCUCGCUUUUCAAUGUUUCGAUACACAGAAUUUUAAUACAGUUAUUCUUCGGGCAUGGAAAAAAAAAAAAAAUGUUUCCCUCAGAGCAGUUAUAUUUGAUGCACUUUACAAUAAAAUAACGAUGGUGACAAGCGACCAAGAAGCGCUAUUUAACACUUUAAAAUCUAUAAUUUUAACACUACGACACGACGAUGAUGACGAAAUAUUCAACCUUAUAACAUCUUGUAAACUCCCUGAACAUUUCUCGAUAGAAAGUAUUGAAGUGGCAUGGAAAGUGGUUCGUCAGUUUCCGCCAAAACUGACGAAUCUCAACCGUAUGUAUGGUCUCAUAUCUUGUAUCACUAAAUAUGUUCAAAAACUUCGCCAAGACUUUGUCUACGAAAUAGUAGAUACGUUUAUUGCAUCCGAAUUUAAACCAAAUGAAGGGGAUGCUAAAGAAAAAUUAAGCUUAGAAGCAAUUUCUUUGAUUGAAAGCAAAUGGCGCCUUACAGUCUAUUUUAUCGUAUACUUGAAUGACGAUGACCUUGAUAAAAAAAUUGAGCUAACUAGAUUAAUUUUAAUGAAGUGUUUUAUGUCUCACGAAGAAAAUAAACACAGUUUAAUACAAACUGGGAUGAGAUUCAUAUCACAGCUUGAAAAUGCGAGUUACAGUCAAACUCCAUCCCGUUUCGUAAAUAUUAAUAGUUUAAUGCAGUCAGUGAUACAGACACUGCAAGGUGUGUUUACCAUGGAAGAAAUUUACCUACAAAUAUGGGAACUGCAGCUGGGGAUUGUGGCCAGAAAAGCAAUUAAUAAAUUAGCACAUGAAAAUACUGUGCAUGUCUUUGCUAAGGAGGUCGGAAACUUGGUUAAGGAGCAUGUUGAUAAAGGAUUGUUUUUUUAUUCCUUCAUGUUACGGAUACAUUCUUUAUUGCACCAGAAGAUCAUUAAUGUUACAAAUACAUUAGAGCACCAAGAUGUUGAUGACUUUUGUGUCAAGUUAUGUAGAGAAUUAUUGUUAUUUGAAAUGAUUGAGAUCUAUUGGUUGGUUUUAUAUCUACUACCAGUUUAUUCGUCGGAUCUGACUUCUAAAGUGGACCGGAACGAUUAUGUGUACAUUACAAAUACGUUAAAUAACUUAAAUAAUAAAGAGAUACGUUUCUAUAUGUUCAAUAAAUUUGCUGGUCCUGGGCAAGAUUUAAUUUUAAAUUAG